GGUAGACUGGAAGCCAUUCCACACUUCUCUUUCUCCAUCGAGGACGCUGUAUAGAUGAACGACACAAUUUCCGACGAUGCAGUCUCGUACUGGACUGUGCACUGCACCCCAGGCGGUUCUCUUUGUGACGAAGGUCAAAAUUUCGUCGUCAUCGUCACGGGUAGCGACGACGUCGUGCUCCGAUACGAGAACUCGCUUACUGCUGGGAAUGGCGACGUGGCUCGAGUUAGCGCGAAGGAGUCUGACAGUCUGGUGGAUCAGCUGAUGAUGAUUGACGGUCUCCCGGUUCUAGAGCUUUCUGCAAAAGAGGGAAAUCUGGAUGUGGUGCUGUUACGCAAGGAACGAGUGCACCAAGUCGUGAACCAGGGCUCAGGGAAUGUAGCUGUGCAUGACGGUGUGCUGGUAACGAGUGGACCAGGAUUGACAGUCAGCGCCCUAGGCAGUGGAGACGUUUCACUAACGGCGUCAACGAUCACUGUAGAUGAUCUGACCCUGAGCUCUCAAGGCAGUGGUCGUCUACAAGCCUCCUUCUCCGAAGUUAAGGUCAAAACAGCAUCAGUAGAGGUAUCUUCUUCAGCCGACGCCACUGUAAUUGUUGAGUCAAGUGCUGCAACAGACUCUCUAGCCGUGAGUGUGCAAGGAUCCGGGUCCUUGUGUCUCACUGCCGGCUCCUCCAUUGAUACUAACCAAUUGAACAUCAAGAAAAUUGGUGCUGGAGAUGUUUCACUUGGGCCACGAGGAUCAUGUCAAGACGCGAAAUUGUCGACAACUGGACCUGGUACAGUUGACGCGGGUGGAAUUCAAUGCAAAAAUGUCAAUGUGGAUCUGUUGGGUAACGGCAAUGUCGUCGUACAAGCAACUGGUACGUUGUCAGGUGAUGUGUACGGAAGCGGCCACUUGAAAUACUACGGCAACGCACCAAAAUCUAUUGACAACGUCAACUACAUGGGUCUCGUGACUGCAUCACCAGUGUCAAGCGCGUAUCAUCCGUCGGGAUGCACAGCCAAACAAUUCCCUCUAAAGCCGACAGAUACCGUAGAAGCCUCGUCCAGUUCGGGAGGAGGCAGCGUUGGCGAGGAGUUUAGCUAUCACGUGACAAUUGACCAGAGUAAUAUCGUAUAUCUCGCAGCCGUAGUGUUCCUGGUGGCGUUGGCUCUGCGCUGGUUCAACGAGUCUCGCCGUCGAGCUCGGGAGGAACAGCGACAGCCACUUGUGGGUGCAGGCAGACGAGUUUACAUGUAAGAAUACAACGAGAACAUCCACAGAACUUGCGAUCCUUCCCGCAGUUAGUAAAGCGUGACAAGCGUUGAUCGCGCGAUGAAUUGGCGCGUGCUAGACGUGCGCUUGCACUGAUCUUAGGGAUUGGAACAGAGG